CCAUUUUUCGCCUGUUGCUGUCCAUUCCUAUCCCUGAGUUUCGUGCUUCAGACAUUCCUUACUUGCAUCUCUAUCUCCGCUGUUGCAACGAAUGGUGUUGUUGAAAGUGGAGGUGCCUACUUUAUGAUAUCAAGAAAUCUCGGACCGGAGUUUGGAUCAGCUGUAGGAUUUUUGUUUUAUCUGGCAAACACCGUCGCUACAUCCAUGUACUUAGUGGGUGGUGUGGAAAUUUUGCUGCUCUACAUCUUCCCUGGCAUGACUAUCGGUGGACCAGAAGUUCAUUCCCAAACAGGAACAUUUGGCAUGAUGACCAACAAUCUUCGCUUCUACUCGACAGUCCUGCUUCUUCUCGAGUUCCUCAUCGUCGCAAUGGGCGUGAAAUUUGUACAAAUGCUUGCACCCGUUUCGCUUGUAUGUGUGAUCAUUUCCAUUCUUGCGUGCUAUGCGGGAGGCCUUGAGAAAACUCUAAACCCAGAUUCAGGACUAAGGGUAUGCAUGUACGGAGAUCAUCUACUGCAGUCAAAAUAUGUCAUGCCAGCUGAAAACGGAUCUAUCUAUGAUAUUUGUGAUUAUUGUAAUUUAAGGUAUGAAGUUUGCGAUAACAUCAUUUUCCAAUUUAUUUUCAACCCGUUUCUGUACAAGAACCUGUGCCCUGGUAAUAACUGCACAGAAACCUUUGAUAUCAAAUGUAUCAACGGUUUUCCCGGUUUUAAGAGCAAUGCAUUCGUUGAUAAUUUUGGAUCGGCAUACGUAGGAGCAUUUUACACAACUGUUAACGACAAAGCAGACUUGAACCGUGAUGUGUUCCAAGAUGUACAAACAUCUUUCUGGCUGCUUCUUGCCAUCUAUUUUCCAGCUGUAACAGGAAUCUUUACUGGUGCUAACAUGAGUGGUGAUCUAAAGAAUCCGCAAGCGUCUAUACCAACGGGAACGAUUGCUGCCACCUUGACCACCUCUUUCAUCUACUUCUCCCUGGCUCUCGUAUUCGGAGCUGCAAUUGAUGGCAGUGUAUUGAGAGACAAAAAUGGCCAGUCGAUGGGAGGCUCCAUGGUAGUCGCAGCACUUUCGUGGCCUAGCUCUUGGGUGUUGCUAAUUGGCUCCUUCUUUUCAACGUUCGGAGCAGCUCUACAAUGCCUAUGCUCAGCCCCACGUCUUCUCCAAAGUAUUGCCAAAGACGAUGUUAUCCCUAUUCUUAGUCCUUUCAAGAAAGUCACAAAAAACAAUGAACCUUUCCUUGGAUUGAUUAUCACAACGGUUAUCGCUGAAUUGGCUAUUUUGAUGGGUGCUAUGGACAGUAUCGCUGCUGUAGUGGAUUUCUUCUUCUUGAUGUGCUAUGCUUUCGUCAACAUCAUCUGCACAUUGCAUUCUCUUCUUGGAGCUCCUAACUGGCGUCCUCGUUUCAAGUAUUAUCACUGGUCCCUUUCUCUUCUCGGCGCUGUGCUCUGCUUCUUCAUUAUGUUCUCUACACAUUGGGAUUAUGCCUUAGUGUCAAUUUUCCUUUGUCUCCUCAUUUACAAAUAUGUCGAAUGGAAAGGCGCAAAGAAGGAAUGGGGAGAUGGUAUUAGAGGACUGGCUCUUACCACAGCUCAGUACUCUCUUAUGAAGAUCGAAGACAAAGACCCCCAUCCAAAGAACUGGCGCCCGCAGUUGUUGUUGAUUCUUUCAAUGCCUUGGGCGAAGGAACUGGUUGAUGUACGAUACCUCAACCUUUUGAAUUUGGCAUCCCAACUCAAAGCGGGAAAAGGAUUAACAAUCGUUACUUCAUUCAUCAGAGGAAAUGUUACAAGCCCAGAUGAUAGGAAGCGUGCUGAGCAGAUAAAAUCCCGAAUGGACUUUGACAUGAAUCAAGUACGUCUCCGUGGUUUCGCUAAAACUCUAGUUCAUGACGAGGACCAGAUCACUGGCUCCAUGUCCACCCUGAUCCAGUCGGUUGGUUUGGGAGGACUGAAGCCUAAUACUAUGCUGAUAUCAUGGCCUGUACAUGAACGAGGAUCAUCGGAAAGCAGCGAUUCUGAAUACAACACUUUCACAGGUAAGUCUGCAAGAUAA